AUGUCCUUCAAGGAAAUCAGCCCCAACUCUUUCCUGCUAGAGGAUUCCCACGCCCUCUCGCAACUGCUGAAGAAGAGCUACCGCUGGUACUCGCCAGUCUUCUCCCCGCGCAAUGUCCCCCGAUUCGCCGAUGUCAGCAGCAUCACAGAGUUUCCGGAGACAUUGAAAGCAAUUCGUGACUUCCUUGUGGAACGCUACCAAGUGAUGUCGCCAGCCCCGACGCAUAUUCUCGGCUUCGAUGCUCGCGGGUUCCUCUUUGGCCCCAUGAUCGCCGUGGAGCUUGGGAUCCCGUUCGUGCUCAUGCGCAAGGCCGACAAGAAUGCCGGUCUCCUUAUCCGCAGCGAGCCGUACGAAAAAGAGUACAAGGAGGCCGCGCCGGAGGUGAUGACGAUCCGCUACGGCAGCAUCGGCAAGGGCUCGCGUGUGGUACUAAUCGAUGAUGUUCUGGCAACAGGUGGGACCGCACUGUCGGGUUUGCAACUGGUGGAGGCAAGCGGAGCAACUGUUGUUGAGAUGCUCUCGAUUUUGAGCAUUCCUUUCCUGAGGGGGGCAGAGAAGAUCCACUCGACUGCUAACAGCCGCUACAAGGAUGUUAAGUUUGUCACUCUUCUUUCGGAGGACGCGCUGACGGAGGAGAACUGUGGGGACUCGAAGAACUACACGGGUCCUCGUGUUUUGAGCUGCGGUGAUGUCCUGGCCCAGCACCCGCACUAA